GCUUUUCCCAUCUGCCUAACGGCCUCUACCCGUCGUACAUUCCCCUGAGCCACCUCGAGCCACCCAGCGCCGGCAGUCCCCUCCUGGCCCAGCUGGGUCAGCACAGCCUCUUUGAGUCACAGAAAGAUGGGUUCUACCUGUCCGGCCAUGCAGGCCAGUCCGCUUUGCACCCACAGCCUCCCCUCUCGAGGACCGCAGGCAACCACACGUCGAGCACUUUGCUCCGGGAGAAGGACCUUGGGCAGCUGCACAAGAGCUCGAAAGAAGGCCUGAAAGACCCCAGCGGGAAGGAGAGGGCAUGCCGGAGCGAUCUGUCCCUGCCCUUUGCCAAGAAGGAGGGCAAACCGAAGGAGGAGCCCCGGCCCCGCAGCGUGGUAGACCUCACGCAGGACACCAAGCCCGACAGCGACCGGAAAGUGAGCGUGGUGGAGAAGGCGGUGAAGGUCGGCGAGCGUCUCUCGCCGUUCCUGGCUGAGCACAUGCCAAAUCGGGGCACGAGCAGCGGGGAACCCAAGUCCAAGAACCCCCUGCAGAGCUCUUCGCUCAGCAACUGCAACGGUGGCGGGGACCCGAUGCUGAAGGUCCUGGGUGCCGAGCAGGACCGUUGUGCCAAGGAUCCCGCUCGGCACGAUGAGAACAUGAGGCCUUCUGCGCACGCCCACGCCGAGCGGCUGAAGCGGGGGGAGCCCCUCCUGCCCUCUGUGGGUGCUUUGCACGUCUCCUGCAGCUGCCCGUCCCCGCAUCCCUCGCAGCCGGGGAAGAUGGCGCCGGCCACGACAUUCCCUCCGCAGCCCGUCCAUUCCAGCAUGUACACCAUCUUCCCACCGGCCAAGGAGCUGGGCAGGGAGCACAAAGUCAUCGCCCCCACCUUCGUGCCUUCGGUCGAAGCCUACGACGAGAGGAGCGGGCCCAUCCAAAUCGCCUCGCAGGCCCGCGACAACAAGGUGAAGGACAAGGACCUCGGCAAGGUGGGGGUGCUGCAGUCGCCCACGGAACGGUGCCUCACGGACACCUCCCGCACGCUCUUGUCCCAGGACUUUUCUUGCCACAGCGAUGCCAAAAGGAUGGAGGCUCUGAGGGAGAAAGGCUCGGUGAUCAGGGCCAACUCCAUGGCGCUGAAGAGACAGGUCACUUCGGAGCCCUUCCUCAACAGGCCGGGGCUGGGCUCUCCGGAGAGCAGGGAGUUCCUGGCCUCCAAAGACUUGCUGAAGCCGAGUCCGGAGGCAGAGCAUCGCCCCUGUGAGCGGGAACGCUUCCAGCGAACCAGCUCCAAAGAAGCGGCGAAGGUCUAUGGCACUUUGGACUCCUCCCGGCAGCACCUGGACCACGGUCAGCUGAAACCACCUGAGCAGAAGUGGAAACCCUUUGAGAUGGGCAACUUUGCCACCACGCAGAUGGCGGUGCUGGCUGCGCAGCACAACCACGUCACCCGGGUGGAGGAGGAAGCCAAGAAGGUCUAUCUUGACCCCAGUGGCUUGCCACGGUCCUCGGUGGUGGGCUCGCGGGGCGCUGCGGACGUCCUCCACCCCGCCUCCCACGGCGAAGGGUCGGCCAUGCAGAGCCUCAUCAAGUACAGCGGCAGCUUUGCCAAGGAGACCACGUCCCGGCAGAGCUGCGGCAAGAAGAGCCCCUUCGGUGGCUUGGGCAACGUGAAGUUGGACUCUUCGCAGCUGGGUGCCUCCAAAGUGCAGCAGCUGCUGUUGCAGCAGCCAGCGAAGCAGCUGAAGAGGGACCCCGAGAGACCUGAGAGUGCCAAAUCCUUUGGCCGUGAGAGCAUCGGCUCCCAAGGCGAGGUGGAGGUGAGGCACUUGCCCGUCGGCAUUGCUGUGGCUGUGGCCCGGCAGAAGGACAACAGCAGCAGCAGCAGCAGCAAACUGGGGCCCAGCUUGGCAGACCGGGAUCGCUCACUGUCUCUCAGCAGCAUCAAAGGGCACGGACGGUCAGAAGAUGAUUGUGGGGACGAGAGGAGCCGCCACCGGGACAGCCACCUCCUGGCAGGGCGCUUGGAACGGGAUCAGGAGAAGCUGCUCAGAGAGAGCAAGGAGCUGGCAGAUUUUGCCCGGAUACACCCGUCCGGCUGUGCCACGAACGGUUUGAACUCCAACCUCAUGGUGACGGGAGGCCCAGCCUUGACGGGCUCCGGGCGCUGGUCUGCAGACCCGGCUUCGCACUUGGCUGCCCACCCCUGGCUCCCCAGGACGGGGAGCCCCUCCAUGUGGCUGGCUGGCCACCCCUAUGGACUUGGUCACCCUUCCCUGCACCAAGGCAUGACUCCAGGCUUCCCCCCUGCCAUGGGGGGAGCUCUCCCUUCCGCCUACCAGUUUGCCAGAGACCCACAGUCGGGGCAGCUUGUGGUGAUCCCCAGCGAGCACUUGCCACACUUCGCGGAGUUAAUGGACCGGGCACCCCCACUGUGGCCUGCCAUGUACCCCCCGACCAGGAGCUCCCUCCAGCACGCUCACCAGCUCCAGCUCCUCUCUCAUCAGCAGCUGCUACGGCAGCACGAGCUGUACAUCCUGCAGCAGCAAGCGGCCCACGCCAUGGAGCUACAGAGGAGUGCCCAGCUUGUGGAGAGGUUGAAGGCGAACGAGCAGCGUGCGGAUAUGGAAGAGAAGGUGACGAAACGGAGCUUGGACAGUGCCAAAUCAGGCCUUUCCUCCUCUGCCUCAGGACUGGUGCACCGAAAACCACCUGUGCUGUCUCCCAGCGCCUCCACGUCCUACAGCAAGGCUGUGAGUCCACCUCCCCUCUCUCCCAGGGCCUCACCCGUGUCUGUGCUCAAAGCUGAGGUGAUCCAAAAGAUGGAGGAGCCACCUUCGCAGCCAGCCUACUCCUACCCCGCCACCCCCAGCUCCCAUCCUUCCAGCCCGCCCCCUGCCUCUCCACCCCCUGCCCCUGCCAUCCCUCCAAAGGAAGAGGCGCCCGAGACUGUGGAGAAGAAAGAGCUGGAGCUGGAAAAAGAGGCUGCCGGUCCCUACCAGGCCUUGUUCCCAGAGAUCCCCCCAGGAUAUCCGUUCCAGUCCCUCCCUCCCUCCUUUGGAAGACACUAUCCCUACCUCCUCCAGCCCACUGCAGCAUCUGAUGCAGAUGGCCUGGCUCCUGACGUCCCGCUGCCUGCUGAAGGCUCUGAGCACAUGGAGCUUUCCCCAGAGGUCAAGCCCAUCCACCUGUCUCCGUCCAAAAUGCUAGAGCCCAUCCAAGCAACAGCAGAAGAGGAGUCCUUGGAAGAGAGGGUGAAGUCAGAGGUGCAGAUGGAGGAAAGCCAAGAAGGCAUCUGUGAGCAGGACAUGGGGGCUCUGAACAUCACCACCUCUGCAGCCGUCCCAGUGCAGAACGUGGACAGUUGCAAUCUCCUUCUGCAUCAAGGCGAAGCCCUGGGUGCUAUGGAGCAGGACCAGGAAGACCUCCAGAGCUGCCCACCUCCUUACCAGGUUGUGGCCUGCCCUGCAGAAGCAGAGGCUCCAGCAGAGACUGGGAGUGGAGCGGAAACCUGCUCCAUGCACAUGGACUAUGACGGUUCGCUUGUGCACGCGGAGAACGAGCCGCCUGAGAUGGACUUGACGCCCCAGCGGGAGGAGGCCUCUGUAGCCAUGGAUCUGCAGAGUGCCGAUGUGCCCCGGGGGAGGGAGUUUCCCAACCUGCCACCUGAGGAGGGGGAGCAGGGGCCAGAGGUCCCUUCCUACACGGAAGAGGCAAUCUCUUGCCAAAUCCCAGCUCUGGACAUCAAGCCAGGCGACCCGCUGGCUGGGAUGAAUGCUUUGGUGGCUGCCACAGAAAUGCCUCAAGCUUGUUCCUUGUUGACUACGACCAGUGUCACUCCAUCCCAGAUGAAGGUGGAGGUGUUACCUGACCAGGCCUUGGAGCACUCCUUCCUGCAAGGGAUCACUUUGCUGAGCGAAAUUGCAGAGAUGGAGCUGGAGAAACGGAAGCAAGAAAUGCAAACAGGUCCAGAGAGUUUCCCUGUUCGGCCAACGCUGGAGAGUUUGCUGGCUGCCAGCACCCACAUGCUCAUGGAAGUACUUUCCACCCCCUUUAUGGAAAGUCUGAAAACCAUCCGGCUGCCUCGAGAGCUGAAUCCCAACAAAAAGUACAGCUGGAUGCAGAAGAAAGAUGAACCCAUGUACUCCAUCAAGUCGGCCAUCGAGAACAUGGAUGCGAUGGAGCUGGACUACAGGAUGAGGCUGGCGGAGCUGCAGCGGCGAUACAAGGAGAAGCAGCGGGAGCUGGUGAAGCUGCAGCGCCGCAGGGACUCCGAGGAAAAGCAUGACGAGAAAAGUAGAAGCUUGGCGAGAAGAGGCCCUGGAAGGCCCAGGAAGAGGAAACUUGGAUCAAGCGCUCUGUCACCCAUUAAGGAGAGAGGGAAGAGUGACAGCAAGAGUGGAAAACUGAGCAAGUCCUUGCUGCUCUCCGAAGACUCUGAGACUGGCGAGGGCAUGAAGAAGAGGCACAAAGGGGCCCUCCCGGAGGAGGACGAGGAUGUGGAGAGCGGCAGUGGCAAGAUGAAAGGGAGGAACCAGAGCUGGGAAGAGCACGAUGUGGCUCCCAGCUUCUCAAAUGAGUUAAAGCUCAAAAAGAAGAAGGUGCCAUCGGAUCAGGAGCAGCUGGCCAGCAAGCUUGACAAGGCCCUGUCGCUCACCAAACAAGACAAGCUCAAAUCCCCCUUCAAGUUUGCCGACAGCUCUGGGGGAAAGCCGAAAACUAGUGGAGGUGGCAGCAGGUACCUCCCACCCCACGAGGCUCUGCCAAGCAAGGAGGAGAAGAAGAGCCUGGCUAAGAACCUGGGACUGUCACUGAAAAACACCAAGGAAGGUAAAAACAAAGUGGCUGCCAAAGUGAAGAAGAUGGAGGUGGGGUUAAAAGUCAAAAAUCAGCUCAAGGUUUCCCAUUCACCAGCAAUAUCUGAAGUUAGCAGCUACUCCUAUAGUAAGCUGCGGGAGGCCGAGGCGGGAUCUUCCUUCAGUGACUCCUCGGAGGACUCGUUCGAUCAAGAUUCUAGCUCAGAGGAGGAGGAAGAGGAGGAGGAAGAGGAAGAGGAGGAAGCAGAGGACUAUGGGACGGACGGCACCGACAGGCUUUCGUCACCUGCCCUUGACGAGAGCGGCCUGGGCCUUCUAGCAAGGUUUGCUGCCAGCGCGAUGCCCAGCCCCAUCGUUCCCCCUCCGCUUUCCAUCAUCCAGCUGGAGGCCAAGCAGAAGGCGAAGAAGAAGGAGGAGCGUCAGAGCCUGAUGGGGACAGAGUUUGAAUACACUGACUCGGAGAGUGAGAUCAAGAUCAGGAAGAAGUCUCCUUCAGCGCUGCUGCGGGGAAAGAAGGGGCCGCUGGAGGCUAGCAGCAUCCCGCCAAGCCAGGCCCCCAGCAGCCUUGACUCCGGAUCUGGAAGCACUGACAAGGCCAAGCUUGGGUCUGAGAAAGGCCGCAAGCUGAAGAAAUUCAAGUCCCCCAAGGACCUGAGCUUUGAGUUUGGGCUGGAGGCCAGCGAUGAUGACCUGUGGAACCGGCGCCGGAGCGAGCGGAUCUUCCUCCACGACGCCACCACGUCCUCGGCCAUGCUGACCCCCGCGGCGCCUGCCAGCUCCACUCCUGUCUCCAAGCCUGGGCGCUGUGGCAAGGGGGCACCCAUGAGCCCCAAAAAGGAGGGCAGUAAGGGGAAGGAGAGGAAGGAGCUAAGCAAGCGGAAGAAGGGUAAGGAAACACCCUGCUGCUCCUCCUCCUCGUCCAUGUCUCCUCCUGGCAUCCCCAGCUCCCCAUCUGAUGUUCGUGUCAGCCUGGCGAAUGCCCUGAGCUCCACCAAGAAGAGCAAAACCAAGGUGAAAGCCAAGGAGGUGAAAAAAGAGAACCGAGGGAAAGGAGGAGCUGUCAGCAAGCUCAUGGAGAGCAUGGCAGCAGAGGAGGAUUUUGAACCCAAUCAAGACAGCAGCUUCUCAGAGGAUGAGAACAUCCCACUGAGCAUGCUGGUGGAGCGACCGCCCACACCAGCUCCCCGCUCCUGCAUAAUUGACAAGGAUGAGCUGAAAGACGGUCUGCGUGUCCUCAUCCCCAUGGAUGACAAGCUGCUCUACGCUGGGCAUGUCAAGACGGUGCAUUCACCAGACAUAUACCGUGUGGUGGUGGAAGGCGAGAGGGGAAACCGUCCCCACAUUUACUGCCUGGAGCAGCUCUUGCAGGAAGCGAUCAUUGAUGUGAAACCACCUUCAGUGCGAUUCCUGCCUGAGGGCACGAGGAUUGCAGCCUACUGGAGCCAGCAGUACCGCUGCCUCUACCCAGGGACAGUUGUCCGAGGAGCCCUGGAUCUGGAGGAAGACGGUGAUCUCAUCACCGUAGAGUUUGAUGAUGGGGACACGGGUCGUAUCCCGCUGUCUCACAUUCGGCUUCUCCCACCUGACUACAAGAUCCAGUGUGCUGAGCCUUCCCCGGCCCUUUUGGUGCCCAGCACCAAGCGCCGUAGCCGUAAAUCCAGCAAAGACACUGGAGAAUGGAAAGAGGGAGCUGCGCUGGGGUCAGAGGAGCCUGUGUCAAAGGGCAAAGGGCGAGGGAGAAAGCCAAGCAUCAAGGCGAAAGCUGAAGAAGCUGCCUUGCCAGAAGAGAAGGAUCAGGUUGAAUCUUCACCUGUUACCUCUUCAGUCCCGGAGAAGCCAGCCUGCUUGGGCAAGCCAAGCAUGAAGGGGUCGCGAAAAUCGCAACCGCUGCCGACUGGAGGCUCUCCUGUCCCGACAGAGGAAAAGCGGUCGAAAGCCGGCAAAAUGAAGAUCUCCACUAAGCUGCAUAGCCCCCCGCAACCCACCUACCAGCCUGCUGUGUUCGGCAGCAUCCUCGGCACGGAACCCUACAGCGACCUCCCGGGGACGCUGACGGCCUUCGGCUCCAGCGAUGCUUCGGCCUCGAAAGCCAAGGCCAAGAAAGGGCGGCCCGCAGAAGAGACGCAGGAGUUUGGCACCAUGGUCAAGGCUCAGAGGAAGCACGACAACGAGAUCCUGAUCAAGCUGGACCAUGAGGGCGUGAUGUCUCCAAAGACAAAGAAGAUGAAGGAGGCCAUGAGGAUGCUGGAGGACUCGAACCUGGCCGGUCGCAGAGAUGGCAAGAGUCUCUUGGGGCUGGGUUAUUCCCCUGCGGUAGGUGCGGAGGGCAAGCAGAAAUCUUCCCGAGCCAAAGCAGCUGAGGGAGACCCUUCCCCCGCCAGCUUCCCAGCCGCCGUGGAGGAGUCCGAGAGCAACAGCAGCGACAGCAGCUCAGAGUCGGAGGGGGAAGAGGAGACUGAGAAGAACCGAGGGGAAGCCCAGGACAGCAGCUCAGCCAGCUCAAGAGCAUCCACCCCUCUCUCUUCCUCCAACUCUUCCUCCUCUUCCUCUUCUAGCAGCAGCUCCUCUUCAUCCUCUUCUUCCUCCUCUUCCUCGGCCUCAUCGACCUCUUCUUCGUCGAGCUCCAGCUCUUCUUCCUCCUCCACUACGGAUGAAGACUCCUCCUGUAGCUCUGAUGACGAAGUAGCUGAGGCCCAGCCAAGUUCCUCGGUGCAGCAAACCCUCCCGCCCAAGCAAACCAAGCAGGCAGGGAAAUCCCGCGCGUCCUCCCACCCCCAGAGCCAGAAGCAGCCGGCGCAGCAGCCGGUGCAACAGCCGGCACCGCAGCAGAGCAGCAACAAGAGCAGGCCCAAAAAGCGCGAGGGCAUCCACCUGCCCACCACCAAGGAGCUGGCCAAGCGCCAGCGGCUGCCCUCGGUGGAGAACAGGCCCAAGAUUGCUGCUUUCCUCCCCGCACGGCAGCUGUGGAAGUGGUUUGGGAAACCCACGCAGAGACGAGGAAUGAAAGGGAAGGCCAGGAAGCUCUUCUACAAGGCCAUCGUCCGGGGCAAGGAGAUAAUCCGUAUCGGAGACUGCGCGGUCUUCCUCUCAGCCGGCCGCCCCAACCUGCCCUACAUCGGCCGGAUCCAGAGCAUGUGGGAGUCGUGGGGGAACAACAUGGUGGUCCGAGUCAAAUGGUUUUAUCACCCAGAAGAAACCAACCCUGGGAAGAAACUCAACGAAGGCAAGCGCUGGGAUCAGAAAUCGGGCAGGAGUCUGUCCGCAGCUUUGCAGGCAUCCAACCAGAGAAAGGACUUUAUGGAGCGAGCCCUCUACCAGUCCUCUCACGUGGAUGAGAACGAUGUCCAGACCAUCUCGCACAAGUGUCUUGUUGUUGGUCUGGAUCAAUAUGAGCAGAUGCUAAAGACGAAGAAAUACCAAGACAGUGAGGACCUCUACUACCUUGCAGGGACCUACGAGCCCACCACGGGCAUGAUCUUCAACACCGACGGGGUCCCUGUCAUCUGCUGACCGCCCGGGGGACACGUGCCACCCCCUGGGAAGGGAUGGGACAAACCUGAGGACGUGCCUGUUCAGACGACAUGAUUGUUUCUUUCAAUGCUCAUGACUUCUGUGUCACACUACAGACAGGAGAGCACGAGAGACACGAGGAGGAAGGAGAGGGCUGAAGAAAGGGGUUGGGGAAACAGUUACAGGACUUGAGGAAGAUGCCGUUGCGGGGUGGUGGUGGUGCUUGAACCCCAAGGCUCUUCUGGAAGUGGCUUUAAGUAAGGUGACACUCGACCAACUUCUCUCCCUUCCUCCUUUUGGUCCAGGAAAGCACAUGGGUCUCGUGAUCAUUUCACCAGCGGGACCCCCCGGCAGGAGGGAUCCCUUUUGUGUCAUUUGCCCCCAUCAGUAACUUGGAAGCCGCCUGUACGUGGAAGGACACCCGCUAGCCUUCUGUGUACACUCCUCUCCGUCCUUAUAUUCCCUUUCCUGCUUAGUUUCGCAUGACCCUUUAGGAAGGACAGGGUGAAAGAGAAAGAUGAGUCUCUCUUCAGCGCCUCGUCUCGAUCCUCUCAGCGCCUUUUUGCGGUUCCCUUUCCCUGGCGGCCCCCAGCCGGCAGCGUGGAGCACCAAGGAGCGGAGCUGGCCACCAGCAUGGAGAUGGCAGAAGAGGUCCUCCGGGCGGGGAGGAGC